CAUCGAAAUUCCUAGUGCGUGAACCUCCGUUAUAUUUUUCUAUAUCACCCCUAUAUAUACCCGCACUGCAUCUUUACCUUUCAAAAUUCACAACUUUUUGGCCUCUAAAUUUCAAGAAAAUUCAAGAUUUUAAAAAACCAUAUUUGAUAUUGUGCAAAAAAUCAUGUACAACCCGGUUUUGAGUGAGUUAAUGCCAAUGAAUUUUCCGGGGGAGUUUCAGCCGGUGUAUUGCCGGAGCUCGAGCUUCAGCAAUCUCAUGCCGUGUUUAACAGAAACAUGGGGUGACUUGCCGUUGAAGGUUGAUGACUCUGAAGACAUGGUUAUUUAUGGGCUGUUGCGCGACGCCGUUAAUGAUGGAUGGACGCCGUUUAAGGACGUUAAGUCGGAGCCGAAGUUUGAGGUUGGGGAGGAGAUAAGCGUAGCUGAAGUGAGGUCGGAAUACGUGGCUGCUCAGCCAGUGAUGGCGGCGAAAGUUGUGCCAGCGGCUGAACGGCCGAAAGGGAAGCAUUAUAGGGGUGUGAGGCAACGGCCGUGGGGGAAGUUCGCGGCGGAAAUAAGGGACCCGGCCAAAAACGGCGCGAGAGUGUGGCUUGGAACAUAUGAGAAGGCUGAGGAAGCGGCUUUGGCUUAUGACAGAGCAGCUUAUAGGAUGCGUGGCUCCAAGGCCUUGUUGAAUUUUCCACACAAAGCCGGCUCAAAUGAGCCGGAUCCUGUUAAAGUGACAGCUAAGCGGCGUUCACCUGAGCCCGCUUCUUCUUCAGUUUCGACAGUAUCAUCGGUUUCGGAGAGUGGCUCGCCCAAGCGGAGGAAGAAAGGAGUGUCAGCUGAGCUAGCUGAAUCAGAAGUCGAGAGCAGAACCAAUUUGUAAAUGCCACUUGGCAGAUAAUUCUUUGGUUAUGACAUGUGAAUAGUGCAUAGUGAGCUGGAAAUUUGAGCAACUUUGUUUGU